AUGGCCCAACAUGACUAUGAAGCCAUGCGCGAGAACGAUUCUCUUCCAGUCAAACGUCCCAAUGCGAGGUGGAGCACUUGGAGGGCCUGGAUGAUAUCUCCCUGGCAAACAAUCGGCUUCAUGUCGAUUCUUGGCAUUGCCGCAAUCAUAUGGACCUUGCCAUCCAUUCUGAGCACAUACAAUGCCAUCGACUCUGCCACUGACUCUCAAUCUUCCCUCUUCCAAUGCGGAGAGUCGGCAGCGGAGGCUCUCGCUCGCGGAUGUAAAUUUGACAUUAUGUCUUUUGCAUGGGUACCAGAACCCUGUUUUGAUCGCGAAUUAAUGGAAGAGUUUCUUGAACUCCGACAAUGGAAGUGGUACGCAGAUAAGGAUGGCCAGGAAGUGGAAAGCGAACUUGAUAUCCGCGAAGGUCAAUACCCUGAGAUGUUCGUGUCAUGGGAAUACCAUCUUGUACACUGCGCAUACAUGUGGCGAAAAAUGCAUCGGGCUCUUCUAAAGGGCGGAGUUGAUGCGGUUGAUGGCUAUGUCGGAAGCAUGCAUCACACCGAACAUUGCUCAGGCAUGUUAUUGGAGUAUCGUCAGGAGGCAGUGAACAUCACUAAUUCUUGGGUGUAUGCCAAAUAUCCAGCUUGUGGGAAGGGAGCAUUCCAGCUCAAUAAAAAGGGAUGGUACCGCAUUGUGGAUGGGAAUAAGAUGUUUAGCAUACCAACACAUGAAGACUUUGCACCAUUGUGA